ACUCCACAGACUCUUUACCUGAGUAAAGCUCUAACGCACUGAUCACAGAUCUGCUGACCUCUUUACAGGCCACAAACACAAAGGUUAAACUUUGAUUAGAAGGUCAGUCUUCUUUUACCCCUAUUUUCCGUAUCCACUUACUUUACUGUCCAUGCUUUUCCAGUUGGGAUGAUCAGCAAAGUCACGAUUGACUCAACUACUGCCAACUGUUAUGUCAUGGAUUUGUAAGGUGGGUGGGUGUGAGAGAGGGAGAGACACUUGUGCACAGCCUGUCCACCUUGUUAUUCCCUUACCAGCGCCAGAAUGAAUUUCUGCCGAUCUGCUGAUCUGUGGCUUUGUCUCUGAAUGCACGUCACACUUUGACCUGCUCCUCAUCUAGCAACUCUUCCACAGAGGACAGAGCCAGCCUUCAUUCUGGAGGGAAAGGCCCCAGUCGAGUCCAGCAGGGGGGGUGGGGGAGGCAUGGAGGUUGGAUCCUGCAGUCCUGCCUCUCUGCCUCUCACCCAGACAGAGACCUCUGGACCCUGGCACAGUGAAAGCCUGCUGGCAGAGUCUUGGUCCACCAUGGGCGACAUGGACCCUGAGGACACCAAGAGCCUGGACAGCGACGACGGGCCCGUUUUAGCUGGGGAUGAGAACCACUCCUCCUACUCUGACAUGGUCCAUCUAGAGCAGGAGGAGGUAGAGAUGUUUGAGGAAACAGACGGAAGGAGUUCUAGAAAAGAGGAUGAGGACGAGGAGCUGAGGGUAAAUGUGCUGAGCAUGCUUGGUUUGGAGAGGGAGCUGGAGAUACAGGACCUCCAAGCUCCAGAAACAACGGAGCUUCUGGUGUCCACAGAGAAAAGUCACGCGGAAAGCAAGCCUGCAGAGUUCAGACACGUGGUUCCCCCAAUGGCCCUGCCUCUGCUGCCUAUUGUCAAACUGGACCCCCCCUCCACGACGUCCACCCCCGUCCCUUCGACCACCGCCUCUGAAGUCGACGAGCACUAUUCCACUCUGGGGCUUCACCCUCCAUCUAUCCUGUCACCAAACGCUCCAGAGCUUCAACAGAUUCCUGAAGCUAAAUUCUCACAGAUCCCCCUCCAGGAAGAUGGAGAACAUUCAGCUGGCGUGACACCACUGAAGAGGCUGGAGCCGCAGCCCGGUGCACCUAAGACCAAACCUCUGAGCUCCUCUGAGCUGCUGUUCAGAGGCGCUGCUUUAGUGGCCGUUAUCGGAGUGGUGGCGUAUGCAGCGAUACUCUUCUGCAAAAAGUAGAAAAUCACAUUUUAAACAGUUUCUCUUCAGUUCACAAAUUCCUGUUGAGUUGUUCAUGUUUUCCUGAAUUUUGCAUUUAAUCAGACUUUAUUAAUCACACUGUAACGCUACCUCGGCUCACAGCAGAACUCAUGGCCGCUUUUCAGCUCAAACUCUGAAGAAAAGGAUAAGCUUGACUGCAAUAUGAAAAUCAGCUCUUAAAAAAACAUUGUUUUAUUUAAAAAGGUUUGUGUAUAGCUACUCUAUUAUUUUAUUAACAGAGAGACUUUAAAAGCUAGAAAAAACAGCCCAUUUAUCUAUGUAUGAUACACCCCGAAAAAAAUAUUUUUCCCCACUUCCUUAAGAGAAUAAGGUC